AUGCGCAGACCGAGGCAGGGAGGCGGGGGUGCGGGAGGCUCCGCGGCUGCGCGGGCGCGUGCUGGUGGCCUCGGCGGCGGCUCAGUCCCGGCUCGCGCCCGCGGCGCGCCAGCUGCGGCCCCAGCGGCCUGGCUGCGGGAUCUGUGCGCAGCGAUGGCGCGGCCGCCCCGGCAGCACCCGGGGGUCUGGGCGCCGCUACUCCUGCUGCUACUGACUGGGCCCGCCGCCUGCGCAGCCAGCCCCGCGGACGACGGUGCGGGCCCGGGGGGCCGGGGACCCCGGGGCCGCGCGCGGGGGGACACAGGGGCCGACGAGUCGGUGCCGCGCCAUGACUCCUCCUACGGCACCUUCGCGGGGGAGUUCUACGACCUGCGCUACCUGUCGGAGGAGGGUUACCCCUUCCCUACUGCUCCUCCUGUGGAUCCAUUUGCCAAAAUCAAAGUGGACGACUGUGGAAAAACUAAGGGAUGCUUUAGAUAUGGCAAACCAGGCUGUAAUGCAGAGACCUGUGACUAUUUCCUCAGCUACCGGAUGAUAGGGGCUGAUGUAGAAUUUGAGCUGAGUGCAGACACAGAUGGUUGGGUAGCAGUUGGAUUCUCUUCAGACAAGAAAAUGGGUGGUGAUGAUGUCAUGGCCUGCGUCCAUGAUGACAAUGGCAGGGUCCGCAUACAGCACUUCUAUAAUGUAGGCCAGUGGGCAAAGGAGAUUCAGAGAAACCCUGCCAGAGAUGAAGAAGGAGUUUUUGAGAAUAAUCGCGUCACCUGCAGAUUUAAACGCCCUGUGAAUGUUCCCAGAGAUGAAACAAUUGUUGAUCUGCAUUUGAGUUGGUAUUAUCUGUUUGCUUGGGGUCCAGCCAUUCAGGGCUCUAUCACUCGACAUGAUAUAGACUCACCGCCGGCUUCAGAGCGUGUUGUCAGUAUUUACAAGUAUGAAGACAUUUUUAUGCCAUCAGCUGCCUAUCAGACCUUCUCAUCUCCAUUUUGUUUGCUUCUGAUUGUUGCUCUGACCUUCUACCUAUUGAUGGGAACCCCCUAACCACAGCUGCAGGGCCAACAGAUUACAUGGAUUUGGAAGUCUUUAGUAUAAAUAUAUUUUUUAAAGAAUAUCCAGUAUAAUUUUAGCUUCAAUUAUUUAAGAAAAAAAACUCAUAUAAUUUCAGCUUUUUGGAAGAAAGAACAAGCUUCUUUUGUAGUCAAAGAAGAUUGUUUAAUAAUGACCCUAUACUUUUGGAAUGUACUUACACCUUUUCUAAGCACUUUCAAAUAUGUUUUCUUAUUUAACUUCACAACAUCUCUGAGUUGGAUUGAUGAAAAUUAUGAUUGCCAUCUUCCUGAAUGGGAUUUGAGACCCAAAAAGACUGCCUUUUUAUGAUCCACAUACCAUAUAUCUUUGGCUAGGAAUGACAAAUAGAAAGGCAGAGAAAGAACUAGGUAUAGAAAUCAUGUCUCAAAACAGUCUUUACUAUGAGUGCUAUAGCACAGAGGGUUAUUUUGAAUAUUACUAGGGAGAACUUUACUGAAUGUCAUAAGUUCACAGUCAGCCUUUUGGGCAGAAGAACUUUCAAAUUUCUGUAAAGCACAAGUGCUUUUGGAUAUUUACACAGCCAAUGGGGAGAUUGGAGGAAAAUACAAUAAUAUGAAAAUAGUUCAUAUUUAUUUGAAAUUUUGGCCAAGCACGGUGGCUCACGCCUGUGAUCCCACCAUUUAGGAGGCCAAGACGGGCAGAUCACCUGAGGUCAGGAGUUGGAGACCAGCCUGGCCAAUAUGGUGAAACCCCGUCUCUAUUAAAAAGUAUAAAAAUGAGCCAAGUGUGGUGGUGCACACCUGUAAUCCCAGCUAUCCGGGAGGCUGAGGCAGGAGAAUUGCUGGAACCCAGGAGGCGGAGGUUGCAGUGAGCCGAGAUUGUGCCACUGCACUCCAGCCUAGGUGACAGAGCCAGACUCUGUCUCAAAAAUAACUAAAUAAAUAAAUAAUAUUUAUUUGAAAUUUCUUUUCAGUUAGAGAGUAGCUAUGGGAAAACAUUUUUACUGCUAUUUGGAAAGGUUAGAGACCAAACUGUGAGCAUUCCUGAAGAUGUAAAGUUGUGUUAAUGAUAUUAAAAAAAAAAAAAAAAGGAAUUCUUAGCAGUUAGAAUUUGAACUUUUCUACCACUGAAUUUUAUAAAACUAAGGUAUUAAUCUGUGGUUACAGUGAAUUCUCUUGUCAGAGCCAGCAUACAUUAAGUAUGAUUAAAAAUGUAUUUUUUUUUUUGAGAUGAAUUUUCCCUCUUGUCGCCCAGGCUGGAGUACAAUGGCGUGAUCUCAGCUUCACUGCAACCUCCGCCUCCCGGGUUCAAGCGGUUCUCCUGCCUCAGCCUCCUGAGUAGCUGGGAUUACAGGCAUGUGCCACUAUGCCUGGCUAAUUUUUUUUGUAUUUUUAGUAGAGAUGGCGUUUCACCAUUUUAGUCAGCUGGUCUCGAACUCCUGACCUCAGGUAAUCCACCUGCCUUGGCCUCCCAAAGUGCUAGGAUUACAGGUGUGAGCCACCGUGCCUGGCCUAAAAAUAUAUCAGACAAAACAUCUUAGUAAAAAUUUAGGGCAUUUUAAUAAUAAGCCAACAGUUUUUGAGACUGUAGAGAUUUUGAGUAGAAUUUUUUUAUGAGGUGGCUUUUUUUAAAAAAAUUGAAAAUGGGAAAAUGACCCAUAAAGUGAAUUCACCUAGAAUAUCCAUUUAAAAUGUUCAGACUUGUGGCUGAGCACGGUGGCUCACACCUGUAAUCCCAGCACUUUGGGAGGCCGAGGUAGGCGGAUCACCUGAGGUCGGGAGUUCUAGACCAGCCUGGCCAACAUGGCAAAACCUUGUCUCUACUAAAAAUACAAAAAUUAGCCGGGUGUGGUGGCGCAUGCCUGUAAUCCCAGCUACUUGGGAGGCUGAGGCACGAGAAUCACUUGAACCUGGGAGACAGAGCUUGCAGGGAGCCAAGACUGUGCUACUUGCACUCCAGCCUGGAUGACAGAGGGAGACCCUGUCUCAAAAAAAUAAGUAAAAUAAAAUGUUCAGGCUUAUAGACUGGACAGGUAGUCAGCAUAAUUCAUAAUAAUGCCUUGACAUGAGGAGCCCCAAAGGACUCCUUUGUUCUUUGUUCCAAAUGUCUGUGCUAACAGCCCAUUUUGAGGAGAGAAGUCUGCAGGUAUAGUUAGUGCUGCUGAGACAUUUCCACUGUGGCAUUCUAGAGUUCUCCGGCUUGCCCUUGUUGCUUUAAAGCUGAUUCCAACUUCAUGCGCUUUAUGAUUGAACAACACUGGUGAUUGUGAUUUCUAAGACCACCCUCCAGAUUCAUGUCACAGGUGAAAGUCUGCUUGUGGGGAGAGCUUUCAUAUUCUCCUGGAGUUGAACCAAAAUAAGGAAAACAUCAACAAACACAGUUACCAAAAGCUUCCGAGGAGGGAUGGAGGAGAAAUACUGUUCAUUGCAGAUGGGGAGAAAUUAAAUGACAUCAAGUGCAUAAUGGAACUGGGUAGGAUUCAGACUCAUGUUCCCUGGUUCAAGUCCUUGACUCCACUAUGGGCAUGGCUAAGUCUGGCCUGUGUCUCAUCUUCUCAGCUCUAGUGGCUGUUUAGUAGUGAAGAUACUGAUAUGCAGGCAGCCAUGUUGUAAAUAAGAAGCAAAUAUUUUUAUAUUUCUCUCUCUUAUGUGUAUGAUAUUUGAGCUAUAAACAGGUUAAAACAAAAGAGAGACUUCAGCUUAGUAGCAGGCAGGGAAGGAAGAAGUGAAUGCAGCUUCCUUCCGCUUACAUUUCUAAUCAAGCUAAUUAUUUCACUAGUGAUUACUCAUUUGAUUACCGAUUUUGCUUAUUUAUGCUUAGAAUUUUCAAUGACUUCUCAGUGCCAUUAAGGUAAAAUGCAAGCCAUUUCUGUGACCUGCAAUAUCAUCUUUUGCCACUGCUCCUCACUUGCUUUGUCUUAGCAAGACUGAGAGGCUCUCAGUUCUUCAGACUUGCUCUAUCUCACCUCUCAUUUUGUUCAUAUUCUCCACCUCUUGUGCUUGAUGAACUUCUAUUCACCUAUCAGGUCACAACUUAAAUAUUUUUUCCUCCAAAUCUCUGGACUACAUAGGUCCAGGCCCCUAUCAAAUGCUCCCAUAGCACAUUGGGCUUCCUCAUCAACAUGCUCAUUAUACUUUUCUAGAAUUGCUGGCUUGUCCUCCUUAUUAUCUCCCUAAUGCAGAGACCAUUACUCAUCAUUGUAGCAGACAUUUAUCCAUAGCAGGUACUCAGCAAACAUCUGUGGAAUGAAUGUAUGUGUGAAACUGUACUUCUAUGGCAAGUUUGUUUGGUUCAGAGGGCUUGCAUUUCAUGUAUAUUAGGAGACUGGCCAACAUUUUUAUAUUCUUCCUCCUGUGCUCAAACCAUAAAUAAUUAUGUUAGCAAACACUGAACUUUGUCUUUUGAAACAUAAAUAGAAACAUCCUUAGUAACAGUACUAACAAUAAUCAUUUUUCAGAUAUAAGAAUUCACACCAGUGAUACAGAAUGGCCUUUGACCGUUAUCUCAGAGAACUACCAAUCGAUAGACAUGCUGAAGUGAUAACUCCACAGACUUCAGUUUCAUUCAUCCCUACUUAAUAUAAGAGAAUCAACUUCUAUUUUAUGUCUAUAUUCCCAUUUUCUAAUAUACUACUUGUCAGAGAAGAGAUGCCCAACCAGUGUUUUUCGUAAAGUACCUGAAUAGUUUAAUAAUAAUGCUAGUGAAAUAUAUUUAGUGCUGUUCUAAGCACUUUACAUGAAUUAACUCAUUUAAUCCUCACCGCAACCAUAGGAAGUAGAUUCUAUUAUUUAUCCAAUUUUACAGAUGAAAAAACUGAAGCUGGUCACUUGACAUAAAUUACCAGUGCUGGCCAGGACUUUAGAGACCAUUUAAUCCAAUGCUCUUAUUUUACAGAGGUGCAGCUGAAGCCUAAGGAGGUGAUAUGAUUUCCUACACAUUCAUGCACCUUCAUGCACAUCCAUUAAAACUUUUAUUAAAUGGAACCCACUAUCCACACUCCAAUUAGCUAGGUGCCUUUUUUCCCCCAUUUAGUAAUUUACAAUUAAUCGGAGGACUUUUUAUAGUUAUAUUUAGAGGAAAGGAGCAUGUUUUACUCUAUAUCAGCUUUCUUCUCUGCUUAAAGGCAUUUUGAUUCUUUAUUUUACCAGUCGUUUUAGUUCUUUCAAUAGGUUUAAUACACAGAUCAAACAAGACUUAAAUACAUUUUUAACAAUUUAACAAUUUAAAAGGUAAUUGCCUAAAACCUAGGUCUUCUAACUUGGAGCCCAGUGCUUUUUUAAUUGCUCUACUGAGUCAAAAGGUGAAUAUAUAAACAUGAUUUCAGAUAAAAUGCAGAAGCUGUAUUUAAUUAAGUUGGCUUUUGUCAUUAAAGAAAUCAGAAAGUUUGGACAACUCAGGAAUGGAUUUCCAUCCUAGAUGGUAUUUAUUUACUACUAUUUCUGGAAUUAAGUUUACUGUCUAUAUUCAGGAUUUUGCGCAUAAGAGACGUGACCACUGAGGUUGUGUGUCAUUCUUAGCUCUAGUCCAGGGGUCAGCAAACUUUCUCUGUUAAGGGUCAGAUAGUAGUUUUUUGGCUUUUCUGUCUCUGGCUCUGCUAUAAACAAUACAUAAAUGAAUGAGCAUGGCUAUGUUCCAAUAAAACUUAAUUGACACUGAACUUUGAAUUUCAAAUACUUUUCAAAUGUCACAAAUGUUUUCCUUUUGAUUUUUUUCGGAAAGCCAUUAAAAAAAAUCCAAAGACCAUUCUUAGCUUGCAGGCUGCACAAAAACAGGAAGCAGGCUGGGUUUGCUUAUGGACUGUGGCUUUCCCACCCUUGUUCUUAGAUAGGGACGCACCAAUAUAUCAUGAUUAGUUGUAAAGGAUACUGCCAGUAACAUAUUAUUACUGGUUAGUUGUAAGAAUAUCAAAGUUAGUGAAUAAUUUGUUUUUAAAAUAAAUUAUUGUUGAUUUAUUUUUAUAAAUAAAUGGCACAGGGCAUUCUCAUGCUCUUGCAUUCUAAUAUAUUUUCUGGAAUUGAUGCAAAAGUGGUGGCAGUAAAGUACAGAGCUGGCUAAGCAGUAGUUUUGUCUUAAGUGUGGUGAUCAUGGACAACGAUUACUGCUGAACUGCUCUUCAUGGUAAGGAUUUCAGUGUUUCAGAGUAAUUCAUUAACCUAGAGAUGCUUUAAAAAGUUGUAUCGGCCGGGCACGGUGGAUCAAGCCUGUAAUCCCAGCACUUUGGGAGGCGGAGGUGGGCGGAUCACGAGAUCAGGAGAUCGAGACCAUCCUGGCUAACACGGUGAAACCCCAUCUCUACUAAAAAUACAAAAAAAAAUUAGCCGGGCGUGGUGGUGGGCGCCUGUAGUCCCAGCUACUCAGGAGGCUGAGGCAGGAGAAUGGCGUGAACCCGGGAGGCGGAGCUUGCAAUAAGCCGAGAUUGCGCCACUGCCCUCCAGCCUGGGUAACAGAGCAAGACUCCGUCUAAAAAAUAAAUACAUAAAUAAAUAAAAUAAAAAGUUGUAUCAAAAUCUGCUGCACCAUGGGAGUGUUUUACCCAUGUGAUGUGGCAUCUACCUUAUGUAACAUAAUGGAAAAAUGUUUGAGAACCCCUGCACUAGGCCAAAGGCUGGGAUGUGUAUACUUUGCUGUCAUGUAAAAUUGUACGCCCUUGUUCUCUAAACAGAAUUGGUUAUGUCUAGUGAACAGUUAGGUGGUUCUCUAUGUGUUUAUAUACACAGAUGAUCCCCGAAUUUGGAUGGUUCAACUUAAGAGUUUUCAAACUUACGAUGAUAUGAAAGUGAUAUACAUUUGAUACACUCCUACAACUUACAAUGGGGUUAUGUCCCAUAAUUGUUUUGACUUAUGAUAUUUUCAACUUACGAUUGAUGGUUUUACUGAGACAUAACCCUCUUGUAACUUGAGGAGCAUCUGUAUAUUUGUACAUACAUGAUGGUGUGUGUUUAUACACAAAUGCCUGUAUAUACACACCAUGAGCAUUUGAAGGUCUUUGUCAAGGUUGUUUCUGUUUCUGAUCUCUUGCCUACUUUAAAACCCAAGAGGUAGAACAUUAUGCGUAUUACAGGCAAAACUAUGCUUGAGUUUAUAGCAAUGUAGUUUGUAGAAAGGAUUCCUGGAUCUUUUACUAAGCCUUGCCUCCUCCAUUCAACAUUAUAUGAAUUGUUAAGAACAUAUAAAGUACCACUGUUGAAUGUGACUUUUCUAUACUGUUAGUUAAGAAAACAAGACUAGUGUUAGCUGAGUAACUGGCAUGUUGAUGCAACCUAUACAGGUUUUGUAUUUAAUUAGUUUCCUUAUUCAGUUAUUCAAGUAUCCAGUUAUUUAGUUUCCAGUUAGAUUUCUUUGUUUUUAUAUUUAAUAAAAGACUUGCAUAUAAGUUCCUCUUCAUGGAAAUAGUGGCUAGGCUAGUGUGAUUUUAAGUAUGUCUGGCAACUCAAAGUGUAACGGAUUCAUCAAGCUAUUUGGGAUUUUUAACAUAAAAUACACUGCUGCUUGAUUAAUGUGUUCAGUUUUCCCCUGGAUAUUUGCUAUUAGGCUGAUAGCCAUUCAGUUGGAUUCUUCUGGAGAGUAAUUGAUUCUCUAAGGUAAUGGGGUGCUGCAGUGGGUGUAGCAUUCACCCAGGUCACUAGAAUCCUACCUGUUUCAUUACACAGAAGGCCCUGGCCAUGGGGAAGAGUGAAUGCAUCUUCUCCGGAUGCCUUAUUCCCACAGACAUGCUGAUAUGCUGAAACAGUCUGGCUCCAUGAGUAUUAAUAUACUUUUUUGAGACUGUCUACAAAAUACUAUUUUAUAAAAACUAUGCCUUUACAUAGACAUUGAUAGGUUAUAUUUGUUUUAUAACAAUUGUGUACCUAACGUUCGAUUGUGAUUAAUUUUGAGAUUUAUGUAUAUUUAUAAGCCUAUCUUAUGUAAAUUUUUACUCUAAGAUGUGUGGCACAUUACUAAUAAAGACAUGGAUUUCUAUUUAUGUAAAGUAAUUGUAGCAAUAUUCCUAGAUGCUACCUAAAUGAUUGUUCUGUCCAUUUGCCAUCACAAAUACUUUUAUUUUUGGAUGAUUAUGUUAGUCAGAAUAUAUCAAUUAGAUUUAAACUUUAAAAUAAGAAUUACAACAUAGUUUGAAAUUCUUCCUGUUGAUGUAAUUAAAGUUAGUUUAUAAUUCCGUA